UUUUGACACAGUCUCGGGAAUGGCGUCGUCGAGGUAGGAUGUGACAGUAGGGCUCUGUGAAAAUCUGUGACCAUGACUGCCACCGGUAUACUUCCAACCUAUCAGAGAUUUGUAAACGGUGUUCCUGUGCCAUCGUUUUCUAGACGGUCGUUUAGACCGAGAGAAAAGUAUUUAAUUCUCUUAGUGUUUAUGACAUUUGGUGUUGUGUGUUUCGGUGCGUUCUUUUACCUGCCAGAAUUUAGCCGUGCGUCGGGUACAGUGAACAGUGUUUACAAACAUAUGCAAAAAGCAGGACCGGAGCUUCUGAUACCUGCUCCGCCUCAUGCUGAUGAUGUUAGCGAAUUGCCAGGAGGUGGCAAGAUUAUUAGACAUGGUGACUUGGGCCAACAAGACCCUCAUAGAAGUGAAGAUAGGGCCAAACUUCAAGCAAAAAUUGAAGAAGCUGAAGAACAAGACAAGAUGAGGAACCAGAAAGUGUUGGAGAGACCAGACAUCUUCGUAGAACCAGUUGUAAGUGUGAGUGCAGCGCUAAAAACAAACAAACCGGUUGAAAAUGUCAUUGAGGAAAAUGCAGCACAAAAAGAGCAGAAGAUUGUAACCAUUCCACCAGCACCUAGUGAUCGUUAUCCAGCUACUUUCGGCGGUGAAGAUGCUGAUCCUAUUGCACGAGAGAGGAGGAAUAAAGUGAAAGAGGCGCAGGCGAUGCAGCGGCCGCUGUCGUCGCUGGUGCUGGCGCUGCUGCUGCUGGCGGGCGCGCUCAGCACGCUGCUGGUGGUGCGCUCUCCGCCGGGUCGGCCCGCCCCCGCCCCCGCCGCCCCCACGCCCGCCCCCGUGCGCUACGAGCUGCCCGCGCAGGACCGCAACGACUCCGUCGCGCUGGCGCGCCGCCUCAAGAUCAAGGAGAUGAUGCGGCACGCGUGGGACAACUACGUGCGCUACGCCUGGGGCAAGAACGAGCUGCGGCCGGUGAGCAAGCGCAGCCACAGCAACAGCGUGUUCGGCGCCGCCUCCAUGGGGGCCACCAUCGUCGACGGGCUGGACACGCUCUACAUCAUGGGCCUGCACGACGAGUUCCGCCAGGGCCGCGACUGGGUCGCAGACAACCUCGACGUCUCCGACCUGACGAGCGACCUGUCGGUGUUCGAGACGAACAUCCGCUUCGUGGGCGGGUUGCUGACGUGCUUCGCGCUCACGGGCGACGUCAUGUUCCGCGACAAGGCGGCGCAGAUCGCGGAGCGCCUACUGCCCGCCUUCCAGACGCAGACGGGCGUGCCCAACUCGCUCGUCAACUUCAAGACUGGGGCAAGCAAGAACUAUGGGUGGGCCAGUGGUGGCUGCAGCAUCCUGUCGGAGUUUGGUACCCUGCACCUAGAGUUCUCAUACCUGUCAGAUGUGACGGGCAAUCCUGUGUUCCGCAUGAAGGUGGACCACAUACGCAGGGUCAUCCAGGCUAUGGAGAAGCCGAAGGGGCUGUAUCCGAACUACUUCAAUCCCAAGACUGGAAAAUGGGGACAACAUCAUAUGUCCAUUGGUGGCUUGGGUGACAGCUUUUAUGAGUAUCUGCUGAAGGCUUGGCUGCAGUCGGGCCGCGAAGACCAGGAGGCACGCCAGAUGUAUGACGAUGCUAUGCAUGCCAUCAUCCAGCACAUGGUCCGUGUAUCCCCUGGUGGCCUUACAUAUAUCUCGGACCUAAAAUUUGAUCGUUUGGAACACAAAAUGGAUCAUCUUGGUUGCUUCUCAGGUGGUAUGUUUGGUUUGGCUGCUCACACUCUUAAAAAUGAUAUGUCAGAAAGAUACAUGGAAAUUGCCGAGGGUGUUACUAGAACCUGUCACGAGUCGUAUGACAGGACUGCUGCGAAGCUCGGACCGGAAGCUUUCCGCUUCACUGAGGCUAUCGAAGCGAAAGCACUGAAGAGUAAUGAAAAGUAUUACAUCUUGAGGCCAGAAGUCAUUGAAUCAUACUUCAUCAUGUGGAGACUGACCAAGGAUCAGAAGUACAGGGACUGGGGCUGGGAAGCUGUACAGGCACUGGAGAAACACUGCAGAGUUCCUGGUGGCUAUACAGGCCUAAAAAAUGUUUAUCUUGAUGAUCCUCCAAAGGAUGAUGUGCAGCAAAGCUUCUUCCUAGCAGAAACAUUGAAGUACCUGUACUUGCUGUUCAGUGAUGACAGUUUGAUUUCACUUAAUGAGUGGGUCUACAAUACAGAAGCUCACCCACUGCCAAUAAAAGGUGUCAACCCACUCUACAGAGAGCAAUUAUAAGGACUGACUCUUUAGGAUGCUAAUUUAUUUAUUUCAGGUUAAAAUGUUGGACCAGAGCUGUGAAGUAGAAUUUUCAGAGUUUGGAACAUUCUCCUGUUGAUAUUUUAGUGAAGAGAUGAUUUAAUUGGUUAUUAAGACUGUUAUUCAUAUUGAAUGACAUUAAGGGAAAGGUGACUUUGGGAAUAUUUUAACAAAUAAGUUUUGUAAGCUUCCAAAGUGUUACGAAGUAGUGAUAAAAAUGUGAAGUCACGGGACUGACUGAACCAUGAGUGGACAGUUGUGUUGUGGAGAUGCUAUUCUGUAAUAUACCGUGUGUGUCUGAAUACUGAAUUGAUGAAGACAAGAAUAUGUGCGUUUCUUUUUUAACUUUUUAACUCUUGAAAACAAAAGGAGCAGUGUAAAUAGAGCACAAAACUGUGUGUACCCUCUUCUUAAUGAACUGAGUGGCUUUGAAAGAAAAAAAUCACAUUGAAUAUAAUAAGGGUACAGUUUUUGUGAUGUUUGAUAGCAUUCCAAUGUAAUGAGAGUAUCGGGCAGACAUCAUGAUUCAAAAAUCAAUUUCCUUCUCCUGUUGGUUACAUCAUACAGGAAAUCUCUAGAUUUCACAUAAGAAUGUGAAGUACAAUAUGGUAGAUGUUCACUUGAGGAUAGUGAAAACUGCUGUGUCCACAUUUUUGUACGAUGAGAAUUAUGGUUAUGUUGAACUUGUGAAUGUUUUUAUAAUUAAAAAAAAUCAUCUUUUAUUUGUUAGCUUAUUUGGUUACGUUUCAGUCUCUACAUUGUCAUGAUAUUCCUUCAGAACCAAAGCUUUCAGUCAGGGUGCUCUACUGAGCAACCCAUUCAAAGCCUAAAACCUGACCAUCUGUGGUCCUGUAAAUCAAAAAAGUAAAUACCUAUAACUUAAUUAUUCACAAAGUCCUUAACAUGAAAUAUGCUUCCACACCCUGGGUAAUUCUGUGAAGGAAUGCAGCUGCAGUUUUUUUUAAUAAAAGUUUAUUUUAUUUUUAUUCUUUCCAUCUAAAGAUCUCUUUAUUAUCUUAAAGUAUUCGACUGAGUUUUAUUUCAAUGUGUGUUCGACAAACUGUUAACAGCCUAAGAAAAGUAGUAUUUUAUCGCUGCUGUGAGGAUUUCUUACUGUGAUACAGUGAAACCAGAGCUGUCAUAGGGAAAGACAGGGGGCCAGUUAAAACUAUGAUUAUUAUCAUCAUCUUCCAAGGUACAAAAACAUGUCCUCGUCUGCCCACGAGGCUUGGAAACUCAUUUGUGUCAAAAGCAUUUUCCUGUAAUGCAUUUAAUAUUUAGCAGAGCAUAUGUGUAGGCAUACUAGUGUUAUGACUGAGAAAAGAUUAUCUAAUUUUUUAGAUGAAUCUGGGCCUCUUUUAAGAGCCAACAUAAUUAAUGUUCAUGUUGAAUUGAGCCAGUGAUACAUACAUUGUUGCCCUACCACCAGUUUUGUUCUAUCUGAUCACAAUGUACAGUUAUAUAAUUCCUUUCAAUUAUCCAACGGCCACACAAUUUGCAGUCUCUUGUUACUUCUUUCUGUUCUUCCAGCAUCAUCUACCAGAAAAAAUGGUAGUUUUCUCUCUCCGUUAUUAUAAAAAUUAUUACUGUACUUUUCUGGUGCUGAUAUAACACACAUAUCAGCCACCUCUUCAUUGAAAUACAUAGAAGCUGUGGCUUUAAUAGUUUGAAGUAAAAUGAUAGUACUUACUUUUUUCUCCAUCUCAUUUGUGUGGUACUGUAUUAAGCCACAGCACAGCUGUAUCUUGUGCAUUUGAACUGUUCAUUGCUUCAGUAUUUUGCUGCCUUGACUGUAUUGUGUACAUCAAUUUUAUCUGAAAUGUUUAUCCUUUAUAGUCUGGUUAUUGCAACAAGUGUUUGAUUGAUCCAUUAUUUAGUUAAGGCAGAACUUUUUUUUAGCUGCUGAUGUAAAGUGUUUUUUUUAAUGUUAUGCAAAAUAUACAAAAAUACUCAGCUUGCUCAGAAUUUAAGAUUUAAUUGUGAAAAUACUGGAGGAAACAUGACCGAUAAUAAAGUUAUAAAUUCUAAUAUAAA